UCGAGUUCGAUUAAGAACCCUCCCUUCAACUACAAGGGGUCAAUGACAGCCACCAAAUUGCUAAUCGUGAAACUUGGACUCUAAUGCGUCACCAAGUCUGAGAAUCUCUCUGUCUCCCACACGCACACACCACGAAGGUUCACCCACAAGCACAAUUGCACAAAGGUAUCUCUCUUCGACGUCAACUGUCCUCUCCAAUUUCCCCUUUUUUAAGAUGUACAAGCAAUGAACACUCGGACCUUCACCAUAAUCAUCACACCGUAAAACCUCUUCACUCACCUCUGCAGCAACCUAGGAUUUGCAAAACCCACAAAAGCUAUGACCACUUUUCUCUCUCUUCUUGGAACCAACCUCGUUCUCUCUCCAAUUCAUGACCGAACCAGAACCUUAAACCCUAUUUUUCACCGAACCCACUUUGGCAAUCUAUCACAUCACAAGCCCUUUCUUCGAGGCACACUGGGUAUAACCAGGUUGGGGCUAGGCCAGGUUCCUUUUGCUGAUUCGGAUGGUGCGGAGGUGGUAAUUAAGGACCUGUUUGGCAGAGCAGAAGGUUUUCUUUACACAAUUGCUGAUGCCGUCGUUUCGGGUUCUUCGGAUACCGUCACGACCGCUGCCAAGCAGAAUAAUGAUUGGCUUUCUGGGAUUACCAAUUCUAUGGAGACUGUUCUUAAGGUUUUGAAGGACGGUCUCUCAACUUUACAUAUUCCCUAUGCCUACGGUUUUGCAAUUAUUCUCCUCACAGUGCUUGUGAAGGCUGCCACUUUUCCUUUGUCAAAGAAACAGGUGGAAUCUGCAAUGGCAAUGAGAUCUUUGCAACCUCAAAUAAAGGCUAUUCAGCAACGGUAUGCUGGAGAUCAGGAGAGAAUACAGCUUGAAACUGCUCGAUUGUAUAAAUUAGCUGGUAUAAACCCGCUAGCAGGGUGCCUGCCAACUCUUGCUACCAUACCAGUAUGGAUUGGGCUUUACAGAGCUCUUUCAAAUGUGGCGGAUGAGGGACUGCUGACGGAAGGCUUCUUCUGGAUACCCUCUCUAGCUGGUCCAACCACAAUAGCUGCUCGACAAAGUGGCAGUGGCAUCUCCUGGCUCUUCCCUUUUGUAGAUGGUCAUCCUCCCCUUGGAUGGUCAGAUACCCUGGCAUAUCUUGUCUUGCCUGUAUUGCUUGUUGUCUCACAGUACCUCUCUGUACAAAUUAUGCAAUCAUCACAGGCUAAUGAUCCAAACCUAAAGAGUUCUCAAGCCAUAACCAAAUUCCUGCCUUUAAUGAUAGGUUAUUUUGCUCUUUCGGUUCCCUCUGGGCUAGCCCUUUAUUGGUUCACAAAUAACAUAUUGAGCACGGCACAGCAAGUGUGGCUUCAAAAAUUCGGAGGUGCCAAAAAUCCAUUGAGGCAGGCCGGUGAUAAUAGUAUUAAGGAAGAACCAUCUCAAAUUCAAAAGUCCAUCUUUGAAACUACCACAACCCAAAAGGAGACCAGAGAAGUAAAGUUGUCUUCAGAGGGGCUCCGUCCGGGUGAAAGGUUUAAACAGAUAAAGGAGCAAGAGGCAAGGAGAAAACAGCAAAAGGAGGAGGAAAACAGGAAAGCUGAAGAGGCAGCAGCUAAUGCAAUUCAAAAUGCAAAUGGGGAACCUCUAAUUGAGAGGGAAGAUAAAACUGAAGCUGAGUUACCUAAUUCUAGGAACGAAAAUAUUAACUCUGUGACUACCAUCGGCAGUUCUUCCAAUAAUGGUUAUCAUGGUCAGCAUCUCUAUGAAAAUCAAGAAAAGGAAGAAGCGGUUGCUCCUGUGGGCACCACAGAUAACAAUCUUUCCAGUGAAAACAAACAUCAGGAGAGACAUGACUGAGAUACAAGAAUCUGAGUCAACUAUAGGUAGGUAUUCCGUCUUCAGGUUAAAGAGCUGACAAUUCUAGUUAUUUCACACCAAUGGAUUGAAGUAUAAAGGCAGCCUGGUGCUAUGGUCGAAGCAUUGACUUCUCAUUUGGGGUUCACCCACAAAAUUUGAAACGGAGUUUUGUUCCAUGUGCUUGAUGAGAUCUUGGGGCCAACAGUGUGGAACUCAAAAUCAUUUUUGUCACGAUUGGAUAUGGAGCUUAGUAAUAUAUAUAUUUUUUUGGGUUGGGGAUGGGGGUGUGGUUCUUGUAACACUUUAGUUAUGUAUUGUGCAAGGCUUAUUAAGAUUUUAUACUUUCCGUUUCUUGUUGGCAUGCAUCUGUAUGGCAAGCCAACUACAGCCCUGUUUGUAUGGCAAAAGAAGAGAAUCAAUGAAACUUAAUUUGAAAAGAUAUCGAAGAUGUUUAGGUAUGAGCUUGGUGCCUUGGGGUAUUCGUAGAAGCCAAUCCUUACGUUGUUCUGGUGACUACAAAUGCAUUCUGAAAACAUCAAAACUUCACAGUUUCGUCCAAAUCAUUAAGAAACUAUUAUUUCUCAAGCUUGUUCAUGUUUAAGGAGUUGCUGGAAUGCUAUUAUUCGUAGUUGUACGUAUGUUACAUACCGAUAUGUACCUAGUUUUGUUAUUGUUGCUAGAUAAACAAGACUUAUUGUAAUGCAGCUAUUUGGUUGGUAACACCUCUCUUCAAUGGAUAGCUCUGUGGCACUGGAAUUUUUUUUUUAAUCAGAAGUUAUUUUCAUAGGUCAAAUUAUAACUUUUAAAAGUGAAGUUGCAACUGAAUGGAUUUAAUCACGAUCGAUCAUGAAAUGUUG